CAACUAUGAUGGUGUAGCUUUAAAAUGAGGAGACCGUAAAUUUUGUUGUGAAACGCCUUUUUUACUUUAAUCCGGCAUUACUUUCGGGAGAGUUACACAUACAGUUACAGGAUACACAGACAAUUAAAUAUUCAUGAAGAUGUUUGGGCUAGCUGUUGCAUCCGUGGCCUUUUUAUGUUUAAACCAAGUUGUUGCUGAUGACCAUGCCUGUGCCACCGAAAGUAAAAAAGCUGAUGUAAAUAGUCUCGUGGACGGGUUAGGAACGGAUCUAGCAUCAAUCAUUGCUAGCCAAGCCUCGCAAUCUGAAAAAAUGAGCCAAACUUUAACAGCUGUCUGUAAUGCUGCAGAGGCAGAUGGGGCCUACAAAAAAAUUAAAGAUAUUGAAGCACUGGUUGGUCAAUGUCGUGCACUCAUUGAAACUACACAGUUGGCGACUGUUGAACUUGGUGGUUUAACAUUCAAGGACAUGUUUGAACGUUUUAAUAGCGUCGACAAUUUUUGUGGAUGUAAACAAGCACUAAUAAUGGCAAACGCAAUGAACAUGUUCACAAAUACGUUAAGAAGCAGCCCGGCGGGAGCUAAAUAUCCUUUUAUACAAGUUUCAGCUUUGUGUUCAGAUGACACCGUCAAGGGGGCUGUUCGUACUGUGUCAAAUGAUCUCAAGAUGUGUUCGCAGGUUUGGAAAUAUGCUGAAUUACUGAAUGAGAACAACGUUAAACUUAUGCAAGAAUUUGUUGAAAAUGAAUGCAGUAAACUGGAUAACGCAAAUUUCACAUGUGCUGUUGAGCAGUCCAAGACAGACACUUUCAAAAACUGUAUUAUGGAGGCAGAACAAUCGGGUGACGAUCAAACUUGCAAGAGAAGAAAUUGUGCGGCAAAAUUUGAGUGUGGUAAAGGUUCAGAUUGGUACAUGUUGGCAGUGAACAUGGAAAAGAACGGCAAGAAUACAUUCAGUACAGAUGCGUGCAAUGGCGUGUCGUCUGCUGUAGCGUCCAUCAGCGUUCUUCUGCUUGGCGCGCUUUUUACAGUGAUUCUUUACUAAGAAAAUAUUUAGAUAUGUAAUGUUUCAGUGUGAUCUAAAGUGCAUGUUAUGCACAUCUUUGGUUAUUCCUUUUAUUUUAUUUUUUGUUAGUCAUUCAAGAUGAAAAACCUUCAUAGUAUCAGUGUUUUGUUCAAACAGAAGAUAGCUUAAACUUACAUUACAAUACAUGCACCUUGAAAGAGCAGUAUUUUUUCCGAGAUAUUUCAAGACAUUUUGUUAAGUAAUCAGCAGCGACAUUGAUAGUUUUUUUUUAUUUUAUAACGCCAACUAUAACACUGUUACAGAUCAUAUGCAUGAUUGAACCACCAAAAAGCACAUGUUUGCAUUGGUUCUAUGCCUUUAUAAGCAUUUGAAUGACGUAACGUGAUAUAGAUACGGCGUAAAACAGCACGUGGGGUUCGUUAAAUUUUACGUUAGAAUAUUCUUUAUAGAAAUUAAUAUUGCUUCCAUCUGAUAUGUAAUUUUACACAACAGACAGCAAGGUAUUACACUCUUAAUUAACAGCCAACAUAAAAAUGUUCCCAAAUGCUUUAUAUUUUCUUGCUUACAUACAAACCACCAAAGAUGUUCAUAACAUAGCAUAUCAUAUCUUUUCUAUAUUCAUAUAAUAUAUUGUAACAGUUUAUGAUUUUAAAAUCGGAUUUGUAUAUAAUAUUAUAUAAUCAUCAAUUUUUUCAUGCAUAAUGUGAAACAAGGGAAUGAAUGCGUGCAUUUAAAGAAAUACGAAAUUCUCGGAGUUGUUGCCCUUUGUUUACGAAUCGUUGCAGUGCUGUAUCAAUAUGUGGACGCCAUUUGCAACAACCUUAUAAUACGUUUUGAAUAAUCGGACAAUGUUAUUAAAAACAUAUAUUUUAUAUAUAAAAAUAAAACAACAAAAGCAAAGAAGAAACAAAAACAACAAACGAACUGAUAAUUUAUUUUUUUCAUAGACAAACGAUAAAAUUGUUUACAUGUUUGCAUACGACUUCUUUCAUAUUUAUUGAUACAGCAAGUAACGAAAUUGUAACAUUUUUUGUACCUGUAAAUAUAUACUGUCUUCAUGAUGACUCACAAUACCGAGUCAGAGAGACUUGCUUUUGAUGUAUCAGAUCUAGCUAAUUCAUUCAUCAAUAAUAUGACCGUGAAAAUUCGUCAUAUUUCGUCCUUUUCCGUGCCAAAAUAGUGCGUCCAUAUGACAAGGUACGAUAAACGACGAGAUUUGUCGAAUCUUCACGUGAUAUUGGUACAUUUAGAUGCAGUAUGACUGAUUACUCAAGUGCACGUGCUUGUUACAGUUUUCGGGAAAUAUGUUACAAAUUGCAUAAAGGGUUAUUACCCGGGAACAAAAAUAUAUUGUUUUUUUUUUCAACAAAAAGUCUUUUGUUUUAUCAAUGUACCGCUUAUAGCCUUAUAACACUAAUAAAUAAUGUGCAGGCAGUUACAAUUAUUCGGCUUUAAAUUUGAUCACGGAAGUUCAUGUGUUUUAGUUGCAAAAUAAAUAUAUAUACAAAUGUAUAAAAUGUAAAACGCUUAUUUGAAUUUGCUAUAGCUUUUGCCCUUUCGGCCUUCUUCAGCAGCAUUUAUUAUAUUAUACAAUCUGUCAAAACAAGGAAGUGACGUAACGUCAUUGUGCGACGCCCGCCGUGGCAAAUUCAAAUUAGCGUUUUUAAUUAUAUAUGACAAAAUAGUGACUUUACAAAUGUAUAAAUAUAUAUUUUAUAAAAUAUGAAUAUCUAAUUCAAAUAAAAAUAAAAUCUGAAAUUAUA